AUGACUCUGUCUGAUAUAACGCCAGGGCCAAGGCCACUGGCCAUCGUGGGAAUGUCAUGCCGGCUUCCCGGGGACGUGGCCUCGCUGGAGGACUUUUGGGAGCUCUUGACCAAUUCUAAAGAUGGUUAUAGAGAGUUUCCCCGCGAAAGAUUCAACUGGGAAGCAUUCUAUCAUCCAAAUGAAGCACGAAAAGAUGCCAUUCACGUCAAGCAUGGGUAUUUUCUCAACGACGAUGUCGCAAACUUUGACGCACCUUUUUUCAAGAUGAAUGCAACGGACGCAGCAUCCUUCGAUCCACAAGGGCGAAUCUUACUUGAAUGUGUGUAUGAAGCACUAGAGAACGCCGGAAUCGCAAAAGAAAGCAUCGCAGGCACAAAAGUCGGAGUGUUCGCUUCAACGAAUGCUUCUGACUAUUUACUCGAAUUGAAAGACGGUAUUGCCAAUGCGCCACCACAGGCAGGAGUCCUCGGUCACAGUUGCAUGCUAUCAAAUGUAGUGUCCAACGUGUUUGACCUCAGCGGGCCGAGUGUGAGCGUCGAUACCGCGUGUUCAUCAGCCUUCUACGCACUCCAGUUAGCGGCGCAGAGCAUACGCUCGGGCGAGACUGACACAUGCAUUGUAUCAGGAUGUGCACUCAACCUCUCACCCUGGCGAUGGAACAUGCUUUCAAAUCUGACAAUGCUCAACUCAGAUGGUAAAACGCGGGCGCUUGAUCCAGAAACAGAGUCGGGCUAUGCGCGUGGCGAAGGCGCAGCUUGUAUAAUAUUGAAACCACUCGACUUGGCGCUUCGUGACAAUGACCGCAUUCACUGUGUCCUGUCACAUAUUGGCGUGAAUCAUAAUGGUAACACCAACGGAUAUACAAUGCCAGAUGCGGUCAUGCAAGCCACACUCAUGAAGGAAAUGCAACAGUCCUUGAAUAUCCGACCGGACGAAUUUGGGUUUGUCGAGGCUCACGCGCCUGGGACUCGAGUGGGAGACCCUAUUGAGAUUUCAGCAAUUCACCAAGUCUUCUCGAGUGAAUCUCGAACGCCCGAAGAGCCGCUUUUAUUAGGCUCAGUCAAAGCUAAUGUGGGGCAUCUGGAGUCAGCGAGUGGUUUUCCGUCUUUGAUAAAGGCUGCUUUGAUGUUGAAAAACAACCAGGUUGUCCCCAAUCCCAAUUUCAAGGACGAAACCAUGAACUCAGAGCUGCGGAAGCUGAAUAUGGCGGUACCAACCAGUACACAGUCCUGGCCAAAAGGAAAGUCGUACGUCGCAAUCAACAACUAUGGGUUUGGCGGGUCCAACGCCCACUGCAUCAUCAAAAUGGCACCAGAAUCCGACAAUUCCAUCCAACCGAGCAGUACUUCACCAGAAGAAGAUGAAGCAUAUCUGUUUGUUCUCUCCGCCAAUGACGAGCAGGCUCUCGCGCGGACCAGGGAAAGACUGGUUGGGUUCCUCGAGGAGGAUGAGGCAGCCAACGUCCAAAUGAGCGAUUUGGCCUACACACUGGGUCAGCGUCGAUCCAAUCUCAGCUGGUGUUCGGCUCUCGUUGCAUCGGAUCUGGAUGAUUUAGGCAUGAGUACGGCGGCGCCGCGAGUGAUACAGCGACGGGCCAUUCGCCCGCCUAGAAUUGCCUUUGCUUUCACUGGACAAGGUGCUCAGGGGUUCGGUAUGGGACGUGAAUUAUUGCAGUACCCUGUAUUCGCCCAGUCAUUGGAAAAAUCCUCAUCCUGUGUCCAGUCUUUCGGCGCCACAUUCUCGCUCACGGAGGAGUUGUACGCAUCCGAGGCCACUUCACGUAUCAACGACGCCGAUGUGAGUCAGGCUGCGUCAACGGCGGUACAGAUUGCCCUGGUUGAUCUUCUAAGAUCGUGGGGAGUCGAGCCCGCCGCGGUCGUUGGUCACUCCAGCGGUGAGGUUGCCGCUGCCUAUGCCGGGGGUAUUCUCUCGCUACCGGGUGCUAUGCGAAUUGCAUAUGCACGAGGUCAGAUGGCCAUCAGGAUCAAAACUGUUCAACCAGACUUCAAAGGUGGCAUGAUGGCCGUGAGCGCCGGCAUGGAGGAUGUUGCUCCCCUCCUGGACAUCGUGAUUUCUGGAACAGUAGUGGUUGCAUGCGAGAACUCACCAAACUCCCUGACAGUAUCAGGAGAAAGCGCGGCAUUGGAUGAGUUGGAAACAUUGCUUGAGGAGGAUGGAAUACCUCACAGGCGACUUGCAGUUGACUUCCCAUACCACUCUCCUUUCCUUGAACCCUUCAUCGACCAAUAUGAAGAAGAUAUCUGCACAGACGACACUUUCGUGACGACCGAGACUACCAGUGUUGAGUUCUUCUCCGCCAUGGCUGGACGAAAAGUCGAUCCUAUCGCGGUGAAAAAGCCUUCAUACUGGGCAAGCAGUGCGAAGUUCCGGGUGCGAUUCACAUCUGCCGUGAAUGCGCUCUUCAAAAGCAAGACUCCACCGGAAGUGGUAGUUGAGAUUGGGCCAAAUCCGACGUUGACUUGGGCGAUGAAAAGUAUUCUGAAAGCGUUAGGAAAGCAGGCACCGGCUUCGAUGGAAGCCCUCCCAUCGCUUCAUCACGGUGAGAACGCACGCACAGCCAUGCUUCGACUUGCCGGUUCGCUCUUCACCCUCGGCCAACCGCUGGACAUGCAUCAAGUCAACUUUGGACACCAGAGGAAUGGUCCGCGCCCACGCCUAGUCGACGGACUGAAGCCAUACCCGUGGACACGCAGCCGUUACUGGAUUGAAUCCACAGAUCGACAUGACAGGCUACACCGACCAUUCCCCCGACAUGAUAUUCUAGGACAUACCACGACCCAUGCGAAGGGUGUUGAGAUGGGCUGGUCGAACAAUUUCGAGAUCGACGAUAUGCCGUGGCUCCGGGAUCACCAAGUCGGGUCAUCAAUCACCUUCCCACUCGCCGGGUAUAUAUGCGCUGCAGUCGAAGCAAGCAAACAACGUGCCAUAAUUGGUGCUGGAGGGGAGGUCAACGUCGCUGGAUUCACUGUGCGCGAUGUGCGCGUUGAGCGCAACCUGGUUUUCCAGGAAGGAGUUCGCGUAGACCUUUCCAUCAAGCUCCGUCCACUCGAGGAAAGUGAUUUCGAUGAAUUCAAGCUAUUGACCUGGGACAGGGAGCAGCAAACAUGGACUCUUCACUGUCGCGCUCUCGUGAAAUGCCAUACAAACGCGCCCGAGACGGGACUGACGCGGUGGGACGAAGCGCGCGCGCAGUGUCCCAGCCACGUCGGGAGCCCGCUGCUCUAUCAAGGCUCAGUAAAGACAGGCCCACGACGUACUGGCACAUUCCGCAAUGUGUUCAAUCUGCGGUAUGGAAGUGGACAAACCACGGCAGAGGUGGUAGUCUCGGACACUGAGGCUGGUAUGCCACAUCAGUACGAGAGUGCGUAUGCCAUCCAUCCAACGACAUUGGACGGCAUUUUGCAGUGCGGGAGUUACGUUCCUUUCUUGGAUUCCGAAUUUGCUCCUUUCGGGGCUUCGAGCAAUGUUUGGGUUCCUCAGACAGUUGCAGAGGUCGUGAUCGGCACCGAAGUUCCCCGCGAGCCGGGCCUCAUUUUGCAUGCCGUCGCCCAGGCUGAACAGCCCCCACAAAGGCUUGGCGGCACAUAUGCCGUCGACGCGGGUUUGGACGGCGCAUCCAGUGUUGCAGUCCAGGUUCGAGGUCUCGGCUUCGAGGUUGAGAGAGACAUCUUAUCUCGCUGGCUCGAUCCGCACUACGGAUGCUACAAGCUGGAAUGGCAAAGCGCUGGUCAGCUAGCGACAGAUGCGGCGAAGUGGCAUAUUGUACAGGCCCCAGGAGAAGAAAGCAGUUUGGUCAGCACUCUCAGUCACCACUUCGGGACAUCCGUCGUGCCCAUUUCGCAGUCAUUGCCCGUCGAAGCCAAAUUCUGCAUCGUGUUGGACACCGGUGAAGGUUUGUUGGGUGAUGUGGACCAGGCUACCUUUGAAGACCUCAAAAACCUUCUCACUAACUGCGAUGCUGUUGUUUGGGUUACUCGUGGAGCGUUCCUUCAAGCGACAAAUCCGACGGCAGGAAUGACCGUCGGGUUGCUGAGGACGAUCCGCACGGAGAUGCAGGCCGCCGUUGCGACCCUCGACCUUGACCCGUCGACUACCGAUGCGACCACACAGGCAAAACUGGUGCAGUGCGUGGCUGGACAUGUUGCCAACGCGGCGAAAAAGAGCAACUCCCAAGCCGAGAUGGAAUUCACGGAGAGUGACUCUCAGCUCCUUGUUUCACGCAUAAUACGCGACGAUGGUCUUGAUGCAAACGCGCAUGCUGCUACAGGCAUCUCAUCUCCCCAAGAUGAGUCGUUCGAUCCCGAAUCCCGCCUAACUUUUGGGCUUCAGCGCCCGGGUGCGGUUGAUUCGCUAUAUCUUCAGCGGGUAGACUCCGUCCCUUCGCUCGGCGAUGAAGAAGUCGAAAUCCAGGUUGCAGCGAUUGGACUGGCAGUUGAGGAUGGUCAAGCUCUUCAAGGGCGCGAGUGCAGUGGAGUUGUUACUCGGUGCGGUGCGAAGGUGACACGCAUGCGAGUUGGCGACACAGUGUUUGGGCUGGCGGAUACUCGGGGUGCAUUUGGGACAUUCGCUCGGUCGCAUCAGUCGUGUUUCGCUCUGAUUCCAGGCUCAGUCACAACAGAGCAGGCUGCAACUUUGCCAAACACGUUCGGGAUCGCCCAGCUUACUGUCAUCGAAGUGGCUCGGGUACGCGAAGGUGAUAUUGUCGUUGUCCUUGGAGCUGCGUCUGCUGUGGGCCAAGCUACUGUGCAAGUUGCGAAAGCAGCUGGUGCUUGCGUUUACGCAGUCGCUGACUCGUCUGCGGCUCAUCAAACAUUUAUGACACUUCGCCCUCAAGCAAAUUAUAUUGUCGAUAACCUUGACCAGGUACCAACAGCGGAUCUGGUGCUUGAAGCCAGUCUCUGCUCUACAAAAGAUGCCUCCAUAACCCGAGUCUUAGGGCCUCUGGGGCGCUUUAUCAAAAUUGGCGACCUCAUCGCGAACUGUACAUCUCGCCGCAAUAUCAGCUGUAACUCUGUUGGCGCUCCACUUUUCGCUGUUGCUGACUCUCAACCAACUCGAAUUGCGCACAUUCUGGACUCAAUCGCAAACCUCUUCGACCAAAGUGUGUUCAGUGCCUUGCCCGUGGCUCAUACCGUUCGGUUAGAUCAACUGCAUGAAGCUCUGCCGACUGUCUCAUCUACCGAUUCAGUGAGGACGGUGCUCACUCCCGUUAAAGGAGAGGUGGUGAAGGUACCGAGAAUCCCUGCUUGUAUUCAACACUUGAUUUUACUAACUUCGGCCCAGAUUACGCCAGCACGACCAGAUGCACCCAAACUUGACUCAGAAGCUGUCUACCUACUUGUUGGUGGCGGCGGUGGCCUCGGUCGUGUCAUUACGAGGUGGAUGGUGGAAAGUGGUGCCAGGAAAAUCGGGCUGCUGUCGCGCAGCACUUCGAUGAGCUCCGAGGUGUUAUCACUUGCAGAAGAGAUGGCCAAGUUGGGGGCCGAGAUAUUCUUGCUGUCUUGCGAUGUCACCAACAAGGAGCAGUUGAAGCAAACAGUCGAGCAAUGCGUUGUUGAAAAGGGCAUCAUCAAGGGAGUCAUCAAUGCCGCAAUGGUCUUCAAGGGUGGUGUCUUCAGCUUAGUGUCUCACGCCGAUUUCAACGCCGUGAUUCAGCCAAAGGUCCACGGCACAUGGAACCUUCAUCACGCCCUCAGCGAUGCCCCUCUAGACUUUUUUGUGUUGAUCUCCUCCGUUGCUGGUGUAGUCGGCACACCUGGCCACUCAUCAUAUGCAGCUGCGAACACCUUCUUGGACUCUUUUGCAAGAUACCGCGUUCGACAAGGCCUUCCCGCUACUGCCCUUGCCUUCACAGCCGUGGUGGACGCUGGGUAUAUGGCGGAAAAUGCGGAAAAGUUACAGAAGCUGAAGUACAUUGAUGAUUACGAAGGAGAAAUCCUCACCACUCAGGAUGUCCUCGCUCUUCUCUCUGCUUCCGUGUCAGGGGUAACUGCUACAUCCUGCGAUAGCUAUUGCAUCACCGGUGCAGGCUUUGGAGCGUCUCGCAAACUUCCAGCCUAUGCAAGAGACCCCCGGUUCUCCGCUCUUGUUACCCGUCAUGCCAAAGAUCUGGAGGCUAAUCCAAGAUCGACAUCCCUUAACAGCGAGAAUUCUUUGUCGCACGUGCUUGAACAGACGGAUAACAAGGCCGAUGCCUUCAGUACGGUCCUACAUGCUGUCAGGAAUAAAGUGGCUGAAUUGCAACUCAUCUCUGUGUCGGACAUUACGGACAAUCAAACCAUUGUCGAGCUCGCCCUCGACAGUUUGACGGCCAUGGAAGUAUACUCAUGGAUCGGGCGAAUCUUCCACGUCAAAUUCCGAGUGCAGGAAUACGCCAAACUUGACACUCUUGAGAAGAUUGUAGAAAGUGUGGCAAUUACAUUUGUGUCAGACACAAGUGACUCAGCUGCAACAUAUGUUGUAUCUCAGAUCGAAAAUCUCAAUAAUGGCGCCCGCGGAAUCAAAAUCCAAGUCGACAUCGCGCAUCCCGACGCCCCUCGUAUCAUCGUUGACCAAACACUCGCGGCAUUUGGUCCAAGUAUCGACAUAUUGAUCAACAAUGCCGGCACAAGUCUAAGAAAGCCGUUUCUUGAAACCACUUUGCAAGACUUUGACCAAAGCAUCAAUACCAAUCUGCGAGGACCUUUCUUCCUCUCGCAGGCCGUCAUACCCCAUCUUCGUCGCCCGGGCCGGAUUGUGAAUAUCAGCUCCAUAGUGUCACGCAGUGGUGGUCCACUGUAUGGAGUCUAUACCGCAUCCAAAGCCGGAUUGGAGGCGUUUACACGAUCCCUGGCUGCGGUCAUUGGUCCGAACGGCCAUAGCGUGAACUGUGUUCUUCCUGGGUUGACAGAUACGGAUAUGCUGAAGGGCCUUACGGCAGAUCAAGAAUCGGCCGAUUAUCAUCGUGCAGUUGCAUCUAUGACCCCAAUGGAAGGGCGCGUUGCGUCUCCGGAUGAAAUUGCCCGCGUUGUCACUUUACUCGUUAGUCCACAAAGCCAAUGGAUCACCGGGCAGUCUAUCAGUGCUACUGGCGGUCUACUCAUGCUAUAA